AACUAGCGACUCUAUGAGCGGAGUUAGCGUUGUUUAAUCUCAGCCUGGAUUUAUAACUGAAACAUUUAAAAAGCUGCAGGAUUCCCGGAGUCGGGGUUUUCCUGGUGUUGUUGGAGUCCGGGUGUUCCUGGUGUUCCUGGAGUUGUAGUUGUGGUGUUCUCCAAAUCACGUUCCUUCACCGCUUCUUCCAGUUCCACUUGGCUUUCCCUCCCAUGCGGUUGUUGAUGUAUUGAGGAUGACAAUGGAAGAGAUGAAGAAUGAAGCUGAGAUGAGUUCGAUGGUCUCGAUGACGUUAUACGCCGUCAUGUAUCCCGUCUUCAAUGAGCUGGAGAGAAUAAACCUGUCAGCGGCUCAGACUCUCCGUGCAGCGUUUAUUAAAGCAGAGAAGGAGAACCCGGGUCUCACUCAGGACAUCAUCAUGAAGAUCCUGGAGAAGAAAAACGUGGAAAUUAAUUUCACAGAGUCGUUACUGCGCAUGGCUGCGGAUGAUGUUGAAGAGUAUCUGAUCGAGAGGCCGGAGCAGGAGUUUCAGGAUCUGAAUGAAAAAGCCAGAGCGCUGAAGCAGAUCCUGAGUAAAAUUCCAGACGAGAUAAAUGACAGAGUUCGCUUCCUCCAGACUAUAAAAGACAUCGCCAGCGCCAUAAAGGAGCUGCUGGACACCGUCAACAACGUCUUCAAGAAAUACCACUAUCAGAACCGCAGGGCUCUUGAACACCAAAAGAAAGAAUUUGUGAAAUACUCUAAAAGUUUCAGCGACACACUGAAGACCUACUUCAAAGACGGAAAAGCAAUAAACGUGUUCAUUAGUGCCAACCGGCUGAUUCACCAAACCAACCUGAUCCUGCAGACCUUCAAAACCGUCGCUUAGGGAACCGAGAGAGCGUGUGAGAGAGAGAGGGGAUGAGUGUGAGAGUUUAUGGGAAAUUCCUGUUAUAAUGUAAUAUACAAAAGUCUUUUGUUUCUUUCAUCUUUGUCUUUUUUCCAUUUUUCCUCUUUUUAAAAGUGUAAUUUAUAAAAUGGAGGAAACUAAUUAAAGAAAUAAUAAACA